GAUUAGUAAAAUUGUAUGACUAAGUCUCAUGCGACAUUGCAAUAAUUUACUCAUCAAGAGUAUAUAUAAGAGGAGCUUUCAGGAUCCUAACAAUCUCACUACUGUGCAAAACAUCAAACGGAUAAAAUGUUCUACUGGGUCAUUCCUUAUCUCGUGGCAUACAAUUUGACGGAGCCAACGUCGCAUUGGAAAAAUGGUCCGGUGCACACCUUCGAGGCUGAGGUGAACAGCAGUUUUCUUCAGCACACCGAAGACGAAGCGAAUUAUUAUGCCGACGUAUCGAUGAUCUUCGAAUGCAGACCCGUUAACACGAGCUUCAUAAAGUGUCGAGUGCAGAACGCGAGCAUGGAUAAUUACGCAAUGAUGGAUAACAACGAUACUCGCGUGGGACCGGGAAAGUCCGAUUACUACGAAGAAUUCGGAGGGAUUGAUUUCCACAUUGAAUUCGAUAAGACUGGCAUUAAAAAUUUAACGUUUCCCGAGCCUCGAGGAUACUUCCGUGAAAUGGUCAUUCGGGCGAUAUUCGACAGCUUGAAUGUUGGCAUCGAUUUGACCGAGAAAAAUUUCGAUCAUUACAAGGCUCUUGAUAAAUCGGUAUACGGUGACUGUCCGACGUCUUUUACUAUCUCAAAGAUUGCCAAACGAGUCGAAGGCAUGGAACUAUCGGUGAAGAGAGAUGCCGCUGUCCGGAGAUUAAACAUCGUUCCAUUUCCCGAUGAAUUUUCGGACGAUCAGACGAUCCUCAUUGAGAAAGAUAGAAAGACGAGAAUGUGCUUGAACAAAAGUUCAUACAUAUUUGGAAGGGAGGAGCCACCCGCGCCGGGUCGUAAGAGCGGCCUCUUGGCAGAAUUUGACACAAUCCGGUCAAAGACCGAAAUAUACUUGGGUAAAAAUCGCUUCAACAGUCACAGCGAACAAUCGGGAAGCUACAAAAUACGAUUCAAAUCGGAAAAUUCGAAAAACCUUAACAACAAAACGAUGAUGGGAAAGAGGAAUGAAAAAAUAAGGCUCACCCUUCUCUCAAUUCGUCCGGACGAAGCCUAAUCACCAGUUUUAUCAUUGCGACAACUAAAUUCAUAUUGCUCUGCAAACACCUUAGAUUAUUUUAUGACUUGAAAUAAGAGAGUACAACGUAAUUAAAUACGAUCGCUUCUUCAAUUUAUAUAAUACAAAUAAAAUCUGCAAAUGUUA